AUGACCUACCUUGUGCAACAAGCUAUAUCUCCUCUCUUCUUCCAACUUUUCCUAUGUCGAGCCUCCUCGUGGGUCACCCUAGUGAGCCUAGAGCCUCCUCGUGGUCGCCCUGGUGAGGCUACAGCCAGAGUUUUGCACUUGCUCGACGCGAGUGGGUCACACUUCUUGCUCGAGCUUCGCAAUGAGGAUGCAAUUGUCCUCUUGACAAUCUCUUUUUCCUAUGUCAAGCCUCCUCGUUGUCGCCCUGGUGAGGCUGCAGCUAGAGUUUUGCACUUUUGCGGCAUGUGGGUCACACAUCUCCUUGCUCGAGAUUCGCAAUAA